AUGGAGAAACAAGAACAAGCGGAUUCUCGACCUCUCCAAAAUGAAAGAUUAAAAACUAAAACAUAUAAAUCUACUGAGAUAGUAGAUGUUUCAUCGGAUGAUGAUUUGAUUUUUAUGGGAAGUAAAAAAGUAACUUGUGAUAUCGUAGAAGAAACAGUGCCUGCGAAUUCAGCACCAGUUGAACGUAGUGAUAACACAUCACGCGGAAUUAUAAAAGAGAGAUUGAUUGAAGGUAGACGAUAUCAUCGCGCACUGAAUACCUCGAUACAUUCUACUGAUACUACAAAAACCACAUCUUCAUCCGACACAAAUAUAAAUAGAAUAUCGGCUAUUGCUAAUAAUAUUGCGUCGAAGUUGCAAGAGUACAAUCAAGAUAAAAAUGGAGUCAUAUCAUUUCCUUAUACAUUCUUUUUACAAAAUGAAAAUGCUAUCAAGGAUACACUGAAUUUUGAGCGCGAGUUUGAAAAAAAGAAUGAUUUAUCGGUGGAAAGCUUUAAAGGAAAAAUCGCACAGAAUGAAACUAGCAGAAAUACUACACAGUCCGACUCAAUUAUUCCUUUCUCCGAAUUCAAAGACACAAAUUCGCAAAAUUCAUUCGAUAAUUCGAAUGAAGUUACAGGCAGCAUUGCCAGAAAUUCAUUAUACAAAUUUGGGAAAUCAAAUAUACUCGAAAAAUCAGAUGAAGGUAUUAAUUCGAAUUUAAAAUUGCAAAUAUUUAUUAGACAAGAUGUUCAAUUUAACUCAAGUAAGCAGUCUAACAAUAAUAAUAUCGCUUUAGAUGCUCACAGUGAUCUCGAUGAUAGUGAUGAUGUUUUUGUGACGGUACCUCCAAAGAUUAACAAAAUACACCCUAAUCGUAAUACUGCGAAACGUGGUAGACAUUUCUCUCGGAAAGAAUAUUUUUCGAGAGUAACUCGAGGCAGUAUUACAAAACACAAUAACGUAGCUACUACGAGAUCAUUGAACAAAGAACCAAUUUUUUUGAAUGAUUCUGGUAAUAUAACAUCACAAGUUGUUCUUUCUUCCAUCUCUAAUAUGAAAAAACAAAAAGUGGAACCUGUCGUUGAAAUAUUCGUCAGGAAUCAAAAGAAAUUAAAAAAAGAUUCUGAGCAGAAAUCAAAUAGUUUCGAAAAUAGCAAUCUCACAAUCCCGUCCGAUGACGAUGACAUUGUUAUAGAAUCUUCAACUACACAACAAAAAACGAAUUCAGAUAAAACACGUAAUCAAAAUAAUAAAGAAAAAGCUACUCGAAUCGAAUUGAGUGGCUCUACCAGUUCGUCAAGAAAUUCCAGCGUAUCACAGUUUCCAAUAAGAAGAACACGAUCAAAUACAAAAAUAAUACAAUCCACGAGAGCUAUCGUAAGCUCCUUUCCCCUCAAGAAAAUGAAACGUAAAUCCCUCUUUAUGAAGCCGACCAACGUGGAGUCUACGGAUCUUAGUGACUAUUUUAAUUUUCCCAUAAAGGAUGAAUUAGCAUUUUCACAGUAUUGUGAAAAAUCCGAUAUUAAUAGAUUAUCAGGAGACGGAUUCAAUCAUUACUUACCAACACAUGACACGAAAACACCGAAGGACCAAAGGCUAAAGACAAAUCAUGGCAAAGAUCCUCUUUGGCAAAUCUUGGAAUCAUCAUCCGAUUCGGAGCAAGAUCCAUCGAGUUCUGAUAGUAACAAUAGAAGCAAUAAUGACACCAGAAAGAAAUCAUUUAACAAAAAAAACACUCGAGUUACCGAGCCAAUUGAUUUUCGAAAUAUGCAUCAAGUUAUUGUGUUAAUUGAAGAAAAUCCUAAUAUAUUAAAUUUAAUCAAUUAA